AAUCUGAACACAUGCACGUGCGAGUAGAGACUAGAGGAUUAGGCGACAAAACAGAGGACUCCAAUUUUGUGUUGAUAAAAAAAAAAAAAAAAAAUUUGGAAAACCAAAGAUAUGAAAUGUGCGGGAAAAAUAUGUGGUGAUGAACUUUUCCGUGCGCAUGUAAUGUUCUUUUCGUCUUCCCCUCAACUACUGGGUUUCAAUCUCUUCAUCCCAUGAGCAGUAAUCUCGACUUCCAUCUCCAUUGACUGUUUCGGAGGAGCCAAUUUCAGUUCUGAAAUGGCGCAAUUCACUGCACACAGUCGAGUUAAGUUGCUGCUUAACGGAGACGGUUUACCAUGCGGUUCAGAAUCCAAAGAUCGGUUCAGAUACAAGCUCAGAUCAGUACGAGCUCGCAGGUUUCCUCUCUCUGCUCCCUCUUCUUCUACAUCAUCUACUUCAGCUUUGAGGAAAUCCACUCAGCAUGCUGCCGAGGUGCGUGUUGGUGUGAGGGACGAGAGCGUUACAGGCGGUGACGACGCCAUUGUUGGUUUUGACUAUGACUACGAGUUUGAGUCUGACGAUUUGGCUUGCUUCAGAGGUCUCGUCUUGGAUAUUUCCUACAGGCCAGUUAAUGUUGUUUGUUGGAAACGUGCAAUUUGUUUGGAGUUCAUGGAAAAGGCUGAUGUUUUGGAAUACUAUGACCAGACUGUGAAUUCUCCAAGUGGAUCCUUCUAUAUUCCAGCAGUCUUGCGGGUUCCCCAUUUAUUGCAAGUUGUUAAGAGGAGAAGAAUCAAGAACUCUUUGAGUCGUAAAAACAUACUUUAUCGGGACAAUUACACUUGUCAGUAUUGUUCAUCCCACGAGAGUUUGACCAUUGACCAUGUUUUGCCCAUAUCCCGGGGUGGAGAAUGGACGUGGGAAAACCUGGUUGCUGCCUGUGUAAAAUGCAAUUCAAAGAAAGGCCAAAAGACCGUAGAAGAAGCAAAUAUGAAGCUGAAAAAAACUCCUAAGGCUCCUAAAGAUUAUGAUAUACUUGCCAUUCCUCUAACGAGUACUGCAAUAAAGAUGUUGAAACUGAGAAAGGGAACUCCUGAAGAAUGGCGUCAAUAUCUGUCAAGUGAGCAAUGACCAUGUAUGUACUUUUAAGUGGUACUUGUAAAUUAUUCUUUGCACAUAUAGCACAAAUUUCACCUAAUACUUGGUCCUUCUAAGACUUCUUUAUGUAGCACAGCACCUUCUAAAUUUAGCAUAAUCUAUUAUUUGUUAUUAUUUGUUCCCAUAA